AUGCCCUCGGGUCUCACCGCCGCCACAGCCUUCUUCAUUGAUGAUGCCUCUGUGCGCACCACGGCGGGCUCUAGCUGGCGGCAGGGCGGCGUUUGGCCAUGCCGCCUUUGCGGCGGCAGCAGCAACUGUGGUCGCCAUCCCAGGAGGAAUUCACAGCAGCGACCGUUGGACAGCGUUAGAGGCGUGCCGGCGGGAUCGAGAUGUUCAGGAAACGGUCCUACCGCGGCCGCCGGCGUGGCGGGCGGCGGCAUCGGCGGCGGCGGCGGAGGGUUGUCCGAGGAGGACGUUCCUCUGGUAGAGGUGAAGGCCACCGAGGGCGGUGAUUCCAUUUACAGCUUGAGGGAGUCUGCGCCUACCCGCCGGGGGAAAUGGUCUCGUCUCGAAGAAGAGUACGCCAAGAGGGUCGUCCGCGACUUCGAGGAAGGAGUGCUCGACGCCCCGGCGGGGGCGGGUCUGCGGAAGCUGCUGGCGUCCAAGCUUGGCUGCGACUUGAUGCGCGUGUCGAAGAAGUUCUCCGGCUGGGCGUGUGUCGGCAGGCGUGGGUUCCAGCCCGUGCGGCACCCUGACGGCAGAGCCUCGAGGCGCGGGUCUUCGACCAAGAGUGCCGCGCGCUCGCCGCCCCUUCCGCCGGUCGCCGACGCCGGCGGUAACAUGAAGGAGGAGCAGAGAGACAGCAACACCGCGGCACCCGCCCGGCCGUGGUCGGCGGCUCGGGGGCAGCAUUCCCCGACACGCGACUCCUCGCCGGGCGCGAUACACCCCCCCGAGAAGGAAGUGCCGCCGUCCAAUGGCGGCGGCGGCGGCGGGAGCAGGAGCGUGGGCUUGUCCCCCUGUCGAGGGAACAGGGAGACGGCCGAGAGGGACGGCGAGGAGCCCCGGGAGGAGGAGACGAACGGGAGGGAGCUGUCGCCGCCGCAGCAGCCGCAGCCGCAGCCGCAGCCGUUGCCGUCGUCGCCUCCGUGGGAAGGGAACGCAGGGCGGGGCCAGCCGGUGGGUAGACACGGCAACGAGAACGGCCAUUGCCGCUGGACAGCGCCGUCGAGCGUGCCUUCGUCACCGCACGACUCUUCUUGCCGCACCGGAGGACGCGCGCCCCCCCGCAAGCACGAAGGAGUCUACCUCCGGAGGAGCGAGAGAAGCCGCAGCCCGCCCGACAUCAGCUCUCCGUCGUGGCCUUCUCCUCGGGAGAGGGUUUCCAGAGAAACCGCCGACGGCGGCGACAUGUGUACCGUGUUUCCAGGGCGGGGAGGAGAGGACCGCCGGACAGCCGCCAUGGUCGUCGCGGCCCAACCUGCCACCAACGAGGGCAACAACAACGCUGCCGGCCUCGUUGCUAGGAGGCUCUCCUCCGGCGGCGUCGGCGGCAGCGGAGUCGGCGGUGGCAGCGGUGGCGGCGACAGCGGCUGGCCGCCGGACCCGUCCGCUACCGCAGGCCACGAGGAGAUGGACCGUUCUCGGGAGCAGGCUUCUCGCUCGCGACAACAGCUGCGGCGUUUCUCUACUGGGUGCGCGCCUUUCCGCCUGAAACCCGCCACUCUCCCUCCCCACUUUGGCAUGGAAGACCACGAGCAGCAGAUGUUUCUUCCUCUCGGUGCCACCGACAAUCAAGCGGUGGAGUUCAUGACGGUGGGACCACCGCCGCCACCGCAGCAGCAGCGGCGGCAAGAGAGGUCCAGGGAGGGAUGCGGGUACCCGCAUAGGGUGGAGGAGGAGACAAGCCCGCCGUGGUGGGCAAAGACAGGCCUGCCUGCGGGUACGAGGAUACAUCCGCAGCACCACCGCUCGGCCAAGGCGCCUCGGAUGAUGGGAUGUUUCUUGCGCGACAGCACAUACGGCAGCGGCGGCGACUACUACUCCGGACACGACAACGACAACAGCGACUACUCCGGACACCGAGAGCAGCAGCCGCGACGACAGCAGUGGUGGGCGCUUUCACAGGCCGACAGCCCAGGACGAACCGGGAGGACAGCGGUGGCGGCGAACAGCAGUAACCACGGCUGGCAGCAGUACGCGCACAGCGGCGGCGGCGCAUUCAGCGGCAACGGCGGCAAUGGCGGCGGCGGCGGCAUCCGUGCAGCGGAACUAGAAGGCGUUCAUCGGAUUGGCAGCGGGCCGCCCGCCGCGUGUGGCGGUACUCCGCCUACCAUUGCUUACAAUUCCCACGACCGCUCUUCUUCUCUCCGUUUGUCGACUCGCCCUUUUCCUGAGACGACGCAGUGGCGCUCCAACGUUCGGGCGAACGUGGCACCUCGGGUCAGGGGGAGGGGGGGGGCGGCGGCAUAUCAACAGGAUUGGGCCACGUUUGGUUCCUCCGUGACAGGGCGGAGGGUGGAGUGUGUAUAUCGGCGUGAGGCAGAGGAGGACGAGGUAUGCGGUUACGUCUGCCUUCGCUGA